AUGUUACAUUUGAAGCGUGUCUUGCCCCCGGCAGGCACGCUCGCUUUUGUGUUUCCGCAACUUCCCAUCAUGUUGUUGCGCCAGCUAUUCUAUGCGUUGACAAUUGUGUCUUCAGCCGGUGCGGCUCCGGCCUCGGUUAAGCAUGUGUUGCACGAGAAAAGAGGCAGUGAUUCUCUCGAUUGGAUCAGAGGUGCUCGCGUUGAUCGCGAUGCGGUGUUGCCUGUGCGGAUUGGGCUGAGCCAGAAUAACUUGGAGAAGGGCGAGCAAUUCCUGAUGGAAGUGUCUCACCCAGGCUCUGCACGAUACGGAAAGUUCUGGUCGGCAGAGGAAGUGCACGAUAUGUUUGCCCCCUCCACUGAGGCCGUGAAUUCUGUUAGAGAAUGGCUGGAAUUGGCCGGAAUUCAUGCCUCGCGUGUUGUCCAUUCUGACAACAAGGGAUGGCUGGCCUUCGAUGCGAAGGCUCAUGAAGCCGAAGAGCUCUUCAAGACCGAGUUCUAUGAGCACGAACAUCCGAGCGCCCAGGGUAUGAAGAUCGGAUGUGAAGAAUAUCACGUUCCGGAGCACCUCCGGGACCACAUUGACUAUGUCACGCCAGGUAUCAAGAUGAGCUCUGUGAAGAAGCGCAACGUAAAAAGGGCCUCUCAUUUGGCUACUGCUCAACCGAACGCCAAGGCUGUGUCUUCGGAUGAUUCGUAUCACUCCAUUCCAGCCAAGGCAUUGAACUUGCCCACCGAAUUGCAAGACUGCGGCGUGAACAUCACCCCCGCCUGUCUCAAGGCAAUGUACGGUAUUCCAGAUGCCACCAAGGCCACCAAGGGCAACUCUCUUGGUCUCUAUGAGCAGGGUGACUAUUUCGCCGAGGAAGAUCUCGACUUGUACUGGGCGAACGCACUGAACGGUGGCGAGGCUGACAUCGAUAUUGAUAUGGCCUAUUCGUUAAUCUACCCCCAGACUGUGACUCUGUAUCAAGUCGAUGACCAAAUUUAUGAGCCGAAGGAGAUUGCCACAACCAACCUUUUCAACACAUUCCUUGACGCUCUGGACGGCUCGUACUGCACAUACAGCGCGUACGGAGAAACGGGCGAUGACCCCAACAUCGACCCUGUCUACCCGACCCAGCUGCUGGAGGCUACAAGGGCAAGCUCCAAGGCCGACCUGCCCAUCGCGUACACCAAGCGUCAAUGCAACGAAUUUCUGAAGCUUGGUCUGCAAGGGCACUCGAUUCUCUUUGCAUCCGGUGACUACGGCGUCGCAUCGCUUCCAGGUGAUGGGGGUAAAAGUGGAUGUCUGGGACCGGAAGGCAAGGUCUUCAACCCGCAGUACCCAUCCAACUGCCCCUACGUCACUUCCGUGGGAGGCACCAUGCUCUACCCCGAUCAAACCGUGGAAGACCCUGAGAGUGUCAUGCACGUCGAUCUCGGUGGCACCGCAUCGAAUUUCAGUAGCUCGGGUGGGUUCUCGAACUACUUCCCCCAGCCAUUCUAUCAGAAGCUUGCCGUGGAGGAGUAUUUCAGGAAGGCCAAGCUGAGCUACCCUUACUACGCCGAGAUUGGUGUCGAUGUGAACACAACUCAGGGGUUGUACAAUCGUAUUGGUCGUGCUUAUCCGGACGUAGCUGCCAACGGUGCCCACUUCUGUGCCUUUAAUCAGGGGAGAGAUACGCAUUACUAUGGUGCCAGUUUGGCGUCGCCUCUGUUUGCGUCUGUGCUGAACCUUAUCAUUGAGGAGCGUUUGGCCGAGGGUAAGGGUCCGCUGGGUUUCAUUAACCCGGUCCUCUACAGUCAUCCUGAGAUUCUCAACGACAUCACCAACGGAACGAAUGUUGGCUGUGGCACCGAGGGCUUCAGUGCUAUUGAAGGCUGGGAUCCGGUGACUGGUCUGGGAACACCCAACUUCCCCAAGAUGAAGGAACUCUUCCUGUCUCUGCCUUGA